AGAACGAAGAUUGACUUUGCACAGACGACGAAGUAAAAUCAGCUCUCUCUCUCUCUCUCUCCUCUUUCUCUCUCUACCUCUGCGCUUCGCCUUCUCGCUUUCCCUGCUCUUUCCUUGGCGAUCUUCGCGAAAGCUAUGGGCCACGCGAGCAUCUAAAUAUCCAUCGAUUCUCUCGGUGUUUCUCCGCGCUUUGUCAUUUUGUUAGGGUUUUGAAGGGAAGACGAAGAGGGGUCUUCCUCUCUGUUUCUCUUUCUCUCUGCCUUUUAGCUUCGUUGUCGGGCGUGUGAGCGCUGGACAUGGCGGUCUUGCCCCUCAACUCGCUCCCGCUGGGGUUCCGGUUCCGACCCACCGACCAGGAGCUGAUCGACCACUACCUGCGGCUCAAGAUCAAUGGGAGAGACCGGGAGGUGAGGGUGAUCCGGGAAGUCGACGUCUGCAAGGUCGAGCCCUGGGACUUGCCAGAUUUGUCAGCUAUAGAGUCAAGGGAUCCAGAAUGGUUCUUCUUUUGUCCGAGGGACCGGAAGUACCCAAACGGGCAUCGGCUCAACCGGGCAACAACAGCUGGAUACUGGAAAGCCACAGGGAAGGACCGGAAAAUAAAAUUGGGACGGGAUUUGAUCGGAAUGAAGAAGACUCUGGUCUUUUACACCGGCCGUGCUCCCAAAGGGAAGAGGACUUACUGGGUGAUGCAUGAAUACCGAACAACUUUGGAAGAGCUGGAUGGUACUCACCCUGGACAGGGUGCAUUUGUUCUGUGUCGUCUGUUCAGGAAGCAAGAUGAGACUCUUGAAUGCCCAACUCGUGAUGAUGCAGAAGUAGUGGUUGUUUCUCCAACAGCCAACUCUUUACCUGAUGAUACUGAGUCAGAGCUAGUGAUAGCUCAAGAUGGACCAUCUGUGAUAGCUCAAGAUGGAACAUCUUCUGCGACACAAGAUAAACUGCCACAUGAAGAUUGUGAUUUAGAACGACGCCAGUGUGUGCUUCCAAAGAAUGAGGUGAAUUUGCCACAAGAAAGUGAUUUGAACUUGCUUGGAGAUGCAAUGAUGCACCCACCAUUGCCGUUGCCGAUGAAAGAAGAGUUGGAAACUUCCUUCAUGCAUGAGGUUGUGAAUGCCAUUAGCAAUCAUGAAACUGGUGUGCAGCUUCAGAAUGACAAAAAUGAAGAUGAUAUAUCCGACUUCUUUAACUCGAUAUUCAAUGUCGACUAUGAAGGCCCUUGUGAUGAGAGUGGUCAGUGCAAUUUGGACUUUGGCAGCGAGAUUGGGAAGAACGGGCCUAUAGUCGAGGACAGUUUAUUGCAAAAUGAUCUACUUCAGGAAGCGACUGAAAGACAGAGUGGAUGUCAAUUAGAGUGGAAUGGAGCAAAAGAUUACGAGAUAGACACGUUACAAAUGGGGAUGGCUCGAGGAAACUUCCAAAUGGGGUUCCCUGAUUCCAACUUUCAUCAGGACUCUAGUGCAGCAGCUUCAUUGUUUGGAAUCUCUGAUGCAUCUCAAUCUGAUGUGAGGCCAAACAGCAUUCACCUUCAAGAUCUAGGCACUUCUUCAACCGAUCUUCAGAGUGGUAACCCUUUUGGAACUGGAAUCAGGAUAAGGUCUCGCUCUUCACAAAUUUUGCAACCUCAGUUUGAUCAUGGGGCGCAAGGUUCUGCCCCAAGAAGGUUACGUAUUCAGUGUAAACUUCAAAUUGGUCCACUAAGCUGCAGUAGGAAGCCAAAUGAUUUUAGUUCUUGUGAUGAAGUUAAAAAAUUCAAGUCCAUUAAUGCAGAGGAGGAAAAAGUUUUCGAUAAGCUGGUUGAGGGUGGUGAAGAUUCGGUUGGUGACGAAUCUGUUAGUAGUAGUUCUAGUGAACCCCAGAAGCUUACUCUUUGUGAUAUUAAUGAAGAGAGCGAAGUUUCUCGAGAGAUAGUCAGUACGCAGGAUGCAAGAUCGAAUAAGCAAUAUUCUAGGAUCAGAUUACUAGUCUCUUCUCUGUUCACAGAGGGACCUGCUAUUCGAUCAGGGAGGUCCCGCAUUAAUCUGUUUAGUUUUUUUGUUUUCUUAGUUUUUUCUCUGGGUGCGAUCAGCGCGUGGAGAUAUAUUCGCCUGUGAGGCUUUUGAGGAGCAUUCCUCUGUGUGUAUUAUUAUAGUUUCCGUUUUUCAGAUGACCAGUUAACCUCAUAGGCGGGAGAUUCAGUAGAUUUCGCUUUGUCUAUAUUGUUAUAUGUCGUGUAUUUAGGUUGAUCUGAACAAUGGAUACUCUAAUCAUACGGUUUUCCAUUUAUUCGUCUAUUCAUCUAUUCAUUUGGCCCUGAA